CAGGUAAUUGUGGCUGUGCUGGGUGUGACGCUGAAGAAUGUCAAACAAAGAGAGAGUGGCUUUCUGGCUCGUCGUAGCGAGGGAAUAGAGGACUUUUCCAUCCAUGUUAAUUUCCCACAGCAAACACAGCAGUCAGCCAGUGUGGAAUCAACAGUCCUUACCUGCUCUAUCUGGUAGCACUGACAGGGAAAAAGUUAGGGUGAAGGAAUGUUUGACACGUUGUAUGAGUGGUUCUGGUGGGACAGAAUAUGGCUCCCUGUGAACCUGACCUGGGCUGACCUGGAAGACAGGGAGGGCCGGGUCUACGCCAAAGCGUCACAUCUCUACAUCACUGUCCCCUACGCCUUUGCCUUCUUGUUCAUCAGGUAUCUGUUUGAAAGAUGGAUAGCAACACCACUCGCAGUCUCUGCUGGCAUCAAGCAGAGAGUCCACCGGAAAGCAGCAGACAACCCCAUCCUGGAGGUUUAUUACACUACUCAGUGUAAAUAUCCUGCUCAGGCAGACAUUGAUGGACUGUCAAAGAAAAGCUCUUUGUCAGUGAGACAAGUUGAGCGCUGGUUCAGAAGGAGACGGAGUCAGGACCGUCCUGGAGUCCUGAAGAAAUUCAGAGAAGCCAGCUGGAGGUUUGUCUUCUACCUGUCUGCGUUCAUUGGAGGGACAGUAGCAUUGUGCGAUAAAGAAUGGUUUUAUGACACCAGAGAAGUAUGGACAGGUUUCCCAAAGCAGACCAUGCUGGAGUCUCAGUACUGGUAUUAUAUCUUGGAAAUGAGCUUCUACGGCUCUCUUCUCUUCAGUGUUGCCUUUGAUGUCAAAAGAAAGGACUUUAAGGAGCAAAUCAUCCACCACUUGGCCACGCUGGUCCUCUUAUCAUUCUCCUGGUGUGUCAACUACAUUCGUAUAGGAACUCUGGUCAUGCUAGUCCAUGAUGCUUCUGAUGUUUUACUUGAGUCUGCCAAGUUAUUCAACUACGCCAAAUGGGAGAAAACCUGCAAAGCUCUCUUUGUUCUGUUUGCCAUCGUGUUUAUGGUAACACGACUGAUCAUUUUCCCUUUCUGGCUGAUCCACUGUACCUGGGUCUACCCCAUUCACCACUACCCUGCCUUCUUUGGCUACUACUUCUUCAAUGUCAUGCUGAUAGUCCUUCUCUGUCUGCACAUAUUCUGGGCCUACCUCAUUCUCUGCAUGAUCCGAAAAUUUAUGACUGGCUCUCUGACCAGAGAUGAGAGGAGUGAUAAUGAAGAGGAGGAGGACGAGGAGGACGAGGAGAGCAGCCCAACAGAGGAUGAAGGUGAGGAACAGCACAAAGUCGGGAAUGGAUUGGCAGCUGAUGAGAAGGAGGACAAGAAUGGCUGCUUUGGAUGCUUGUCUCCGCCAGAGAACAUCUGCCGCUCAAAGACUGUGUAUUGACUAGGUGUAAUUCAGUAUGAGUCGAAGACGUAAGAAAUAGAACAAUGGUAAAUAAAUUUCAUCAAAUAUGGACCAAAAUAUAAGCAAAAAUGUGUUAUUUAAAUGUGCCUUGCUUUUCUCACCGCACACAUGUACAGGGAGAAACUUUGAGAUGUUUUUGUUGUGGCAGUGCCUCACUGUUCCGCAGGUCCAGCAGAGACCAGCGAACCAAACAAGCAAACAAACCCCACUGUGCUUAUCCUCAUAUUGAGUUUGUUCCAUACUAUUUCUGAAGUGCAGGGCUGGUGCUCUGUGGAAUGUUCUCCAGCCACUUCACCUCACUGUUUCAUCCAUCAAAAAAUGUCUGUACACUCACACCAUUUACUUAUGGUCACAGAGAUAAUGUAGUAACACAGCAGACUGGUGGGAGGCUCCCAACCUGUAAGGGUAACUUUUUCUUUUACUUCCUUUAAUUAAGUCUUAAAUCUAAAUGUCAUCACAGGUCACUUUUGUAAAACAGUAGCCUUGUUUAGUUGAGUUUGCACUUAGGUUUAUUAUUUCCCCAACAAUUUUAAAUGUUAAAUGACAACAAAUCUGGAACCUGAGGAGCUUUAGGUGGUCUGGGAUUUUGGGGUACUUGCCUCCUUGUCUGGUAAUUCAGUUUGGGCCCGUUGGCCUGGGAUGUGUUUAGGCUGGAUUAGGUCAAAGACUAGAAGCAGGAAGAAGUGGUAAUAUUUUGUCAUAUUUUCUAAUUUCAUGGCACUAACAUUGAUUUUUAUGCCCAAAUUCAAAAUAGACAUAAAAGGGUGCCAUAUAAACACACUUGUUGAUAUUGUAUUGUGAAACACUGCCCUCUGUGGGAUUUAGUGUUGAUGUUAAAUGCAAUAAUUUAAACUUUUAGACUGGAAAAAAACUGUUUGGCAGGACUCUCUAUGAAGAUCACUUCUGUAGUGCAUUAUGAGGGCAUUCAUAAGACUUGUCAUAAAACAUUAUAAAUAUAAUGUGGAAAGCCUUCCCAGAAGAGUGGAAGCUGUUAUAGCUGCAAAGCUGUCUAUGUAUUUAGAAUGCGAUGUCAGUAAAAUCCCUGUUGGUGUGAUGGUUAGGUGUCCCAAUACUUCUGUCUUCAUAGAAAGUCUUACCAGCAGUUUUAGUUUAGUUUUGUAGUUUAGUAAAUAAUGCACUUACUUUUUAUAUUUUCCCUUAUGAGAGCCAAAAUGAGUGGGUUCAGUUCAUGAAGUAAGAAAAUCAAAAUGUUACACAUAAAAAGUCUUUCUCUAUGUUGUGUGACUUUGAUCCUUGUUUAUUCAACAUCCCUUAUGAAUGAAUGAAGAUUGUAUGAAUGAAUCAAAUCUUUAGACUGAACUAACUGCACUGAUUUAUUGUUGUCAGUGAUUGCAUCUGUCUGCUGAGCUUAAGUACAGGGUAGCUUUACAACGAAUUUAGUGUGACAGUUUGUAAUACAAACAGACUGAGUAUACCACUAAACUGCAGGCAGUCUUGGUCAACACUCUUGGUUCUCUUACUGUCUUACCUACUGACAUCCAUUUGAACGGUAAUGCAAACAUUAGGCAGACAGAAAACUGAAAGAAAAAUGACUCUUUGACCAGCUGAUGAGAAAUGAUGAGACCUCCUUAAAACAUCCAUGGAUGAGACUGUCCUCAAGUCCACAACCAGAAGAGGUCAGGGUGGAUUGAAUCAGAAUCAGAAUCAGAAUCAGAAAAACUUUAAUUGCCAGGUAGGUUCCACCUAUGAGGAGUUUGUUUUGGCAUGGUGGUGGUUUAUCAGCAUUGCUGCACAGCAGAGGAGGUGAGUUUUCUAAAUCCAAGGCAAAAAAUAUUUGAGAAUGCUUACUCUUGCCUAACAUCAGCAAUGCUGCACCAAAGGAUUCUUUGAAGGAGUCUGUUACUGCUCUCCAUUUCACUGAAGAAAAUAAGCAUGGAAAGCUGGUUGUAAGUUUGUUUGUUAUAUGGAAAUACUGAGCGGCUAUGUGCGUUGAUGAAAUGACUGAUAGUCAGUAUUGUUGGAUCAUUCCCCGGAUGUUAUGGCCAAACAUUUCAACGUUUAAAAAACUGUUAAUGGAGAUAGAUAGUGAAGAGCAACAAUAAAUUGUUCCGUUAAUGGAAAUAAAAUGAUCUUUUGUUUCUUUUAGCACACAGCAUAUGUAGUCCUGUCAGGUUCAGGAUGUUGUAUGAAGUGUUACAAUUUUCACAUGAAGCAUGUAGUCUUGAUGAAUAAAACUGUGCUGUCAGGUCAGUCUGUAUUUUUAUGGAUUAAGAAACACUCUGGUUUGCCUUUGUUCCCUUUAUAAAUGCAUUUAUUAAAGUACCUGGAAGACACGUUUUGCUUCCAAAACAUUCAUACUUAA